AUUUCUCGAUGAGAGGAUCAGCGUAAAUAUUUAUUUUAAAUCAUUGUAAACAAACAGAAAUAGAGACGUUUCACUACCUACCUAUUUCAAUCAAUUUCUGUGCAUUCAUUUUACAGCUAUAUAAUGUUAAUAUAAACAAAGAUGUCAGUGAUAUUUAUUAUUUUUCAAAUCAGUGUUGUUUCUUUGAGUUGCUCUUUUGGAGAAGAAAUCAAUUUGUACGGCGAUGCUGGUGAAGCUUAUGCUAUAGAAGUAAAUAUAGGUCAUCCACACCAAAAGUUCAAAUUACUAGUUGACACAGGGAGUACAACAUUGGCCUUAGCUGCCUAUGCUCGAGAAGAUAGUAGUGUAUACUUCCAUGCGGACAAUUCAAGCAGUCUGUAUAAUAGUGGCACCACUAUAGAAGCAGCAUACACUCAGGGUACAUGGACGGGCCUCCUUGCUUCAGACUUCAUACAAUUUCCAUCACUAAGUAUACCGGAAGUGCGCUCAGACUUUGCGCUCAUAACUAAGAGCCAUGAAUUUUUCACCAAAGCUUCAGUUUGGCAGGGUCUUUUGGGCCUCGCCUAUAAUCCAGUUGGAGCUUGGGGAAAGUCCGGUGCAGUGGAGUCCUGGUUAGAUGCACUGGAUCGCAACUUGAACAAGCCAAUGUCAUUUCAAUUGAAACUCUGUGGACCAAUAAGCACGUCCAACACUACACAUUAUGGAUACUUUAAAGUUAUUGACAACCAAACACCGCAAUCAAAUUACAAUAAAACAUUCCGGACCCCAGUACUAAGGAAGCGAUGGUACGAAGUAGGCGUCAUAGGUGUCAGAGUCCUAAGUUCAUUGACAUCUGAAGCUAAGAACAAAACGGCGGAUGAAAUAAGGGAGCCUGACAAAGAUAUGUGCACGCAACUGAAUACGGUCAAGAGUAUUGUUGAUAGCGGUACUACGCAGAUUAAAUUACCUGAUAAAUUGUUUAGAGAGGUUGUUGAUGAGUUGAAGAAUGAAUUUAGGAAGUCUCAAGUUCUUAUCUUAGACGAAUUUUGGAACCGUAGAGAGGCAGCAUGCUGGCUAGAACCUCAAGUGUGGACGUUACCUUGGUUAGCCAUAGACCUGCUAAGCGCUGAUGCUGACAAUCAGUACUUCACAUUGGAGAUACCACCCCAGAACUACAUGUUAGUAGUGGGUGUCCACAACAGUAGUGACACGUCGGGCACAGUGUCCACGUACUGCUACAAGCUGGGACUGGAGACUGGUUACACGGAAACCGUGCUGGGAUAUACGGCCAUGGAGGGAUUACAGGUAACCUUCAACAGGUCAGCCGGUUGGAUCGGCUUCCAAACAUCUGACUGUGGAGCUAAUGCUCGUAUCACAGGUCCCUACAACACUUCAACUUCUUUAAAAACAACUUGUGAGCUUAUAAAGCCGGUUGCAGAAGUGGCGACAUCUAUACAAGCCGCCCAAUGGGCACUAUGUGCCAUCUCGAUAAUAGCCGCCAGUGUGCUAUUAUAUCUACUCGCUCCAUGUAUUAAAAACUUAUUCUUAAAAAAAAUGCCGCGGUCGCAACAGAUCUCCCUCUCGCAAGCAGCCUUAGUUGAAGAAGAUUCACCGUAAGUACUAAAAUUGUAUUUUUAAGAUUUAUUCGCACAUAAAUUAGUAAAUAAUUUUCAACACACAAAAUGUUAGCGUGUACAGGGUGUAUAAUAAUAAUAUUGUGCAAUAACAUUCGUUUUAGUCGUGUCUUAUGUAAUUUAUUAGUAAUUGUGUGAUAAUACACCCUGUAUAUAACGUGUAAUUCAAGUGAUUGUGAAAUGGUUGCUGAAUAUUUCUGUAUAAACCCUAUUUUGUUUUAAUAUCGAAUGAAAUAAUUCAGAACUUAAAAAUACUUAUGAAAUUUUCACUGUUCAAUCUAUUUUUAAAGCAAUUAAUCUUACUAAAAGUCUUUUACAAGUGUGAUUUUGUUAUUUUAAGUAUCUAAUAAGUAGGUUUUAAUAGUUUAAGGUUCAAUUCAAAGGUAUGUUUGAAUAAAAAAAAAACAUAAUUGACUAAUAAUAAAACGGAGAUUGAUGCGAAUCAACUUAGCUCAAAGAUUACGUCCGAAUUCUUAAACGUCACAACACUAUUUCAUUAAAACUAGUGAAUGUUACGAAGUACGUAUUGUACACAAAAUAUUUUCUACCCUUUUGGCCGGAGAUCGUCCCGCGAUCCCCGACGCCCGGAGUGUCU